UUGCGUCAUAACAUUAUUAAUGCUAAAAUGACGGGAGAAAAAUUGUCAAAUGACCCGGAGGCUUCUAAAGAUUUUUCUACAUUUUUUAUGAAUAAAGUAGAAACCGAAAAUUUAAAUUUGCACAAUAUUUACAAUGCAGAUGAAUCGGGUAUUUAUUGGAGAACUUUGCAAAAUUCUACUCUUGCCAUCACUACGGAAGAUGUUUCAGGUUGGAAAGAGAGCAUAAAGAAAGAUUGACAGCGUUAUUUUGUUCCAACGCUGCUGGCAGUCAUCGAUUUUCUUUGUACCAACAUGUUUAAACAAUUUAAUGAGAACUAUAGAAGAAAAGCAACCGAUAAAGGACCUUGAGAAGAAGCUUGGAGUUCUUUAUACAAAUUUGAAAAAAGCUUGGAUGAAUAGGUGCAUAUUCCAGAAAUGGUACAAAGAUUAUUUUAUUCCACAAGUGUUGGGAAACCAAAUAAAACUUGGAAUAUCAGGAAAAAUUGUUUUGGUUCUUGACCACUCUCCAACUCAUCCACCUUUAGACGAACUCAAUGCUGUAAAUGAAAAUGUUGAAGUGGUAUAUCUAACUCCGAAUGUUACCACGUUGAUUUAACCCUUGAAUCAAGGCUUAAUAGCAGCAACAAAGAAGUUGUACAAAAAGUAUUUGCUGCAAAGAUUGCUGAUUCAUGAAGAAGCAGAUAAUAGUUUCAAAUUUUUGGAGUCUUUAGAUUUUAAAAAAUUCGUUCCUAUACUCAGUAAAGCUUGGGGGAGAUAUUUAACAAUCAACUCUUCAAAAGGUAUGGAAACCAAUUUUAGGUGAACAAAUCCUUACAAAUUUUGUCGCAAAUUCUACGGCAAAUCAUCAAGAAAAUUUCGACGAAUCGGAAUAUCAAAUUAACAUAAACGAAAUUUCUUCUGAAUUUGCGAAUAAAAUUAAUCAAAGAGCCGACAUGCCGAAUUCAUCUGCUCAAGAGGUUAUAGCAGUUCUUCUUCAAUGGUUCGAAAAAAGCGACGAUGAUUGUGGAUGGGAAGCUUCAACUGAUAAAGAUAUUGUAGAUUUUGUUACAAAAGGGAAGCUUACAGUGGAAAAGGUU